AUGACGGUAAAUUUCGAGUAUCGUGUUGCGUUCUGUUAUGUUCUGUUCCGCAAAGGAUUGGAAAAGCAGAGCAAAGCAAAGGAAGAAGCAUCAGAUAGAGGAAUCAUGGGUGACGGUGGAUCAAUGACUAAGCGCAACAACCUUCACAACCCUCUUUCUCCUCUCCUCCAAUCCUUUUACGUCAUGUAUUCCCUCGAAUGUCGAUUCCGAUCGGCUUUCGAUUCCUAUUCCGUCGCUUGCGAGGCCUUUUCCGAACCUCACCCAUCCCCUCUUUGA